AUGUCAGAAUCUAAGGACUUAUCGUUGAAGGUGGACAACAACGGUCACUCAUGCGAGACUGCGGUCGAAAGAGUUGAGGACGUGGAACAACAUGGCGAAAACGCUGAGGAGAACGCCGUGCAGCAAAUCCAUGCGAAGACCAUUAUUCUUUUAAUUGCCAUUGUCGCCAUAUACUUCGUCCAAGUCCUACAUCUCGCAGGAAGUGGAUUGCUUGCUUCGACGAUUACUGCUGUUACUGGCGGCGCAACGCAGUCCAUCUGGUUGACUGCUGCCCUGGGCAUCUCAGCAGCAGCGCUCGGAGCUCCUGUAAGCCAAGCGUCGGACUUCUGGGGCCGCAAAUGGUUCACUGUCGGCUUUUCAGCUCUGGGCUUUAUCGGCUGUCUCAUUGUUUCGCGCGCAACGAACUUUGGCAUGGUCAUUGGAGGCCAAAGUAUUGCCUGUCUCGCUCUUGGGGCACAGCCUCUUGUGCAUGCCAUCGCGUCAGAAAUAGUGCCCCGCAAAUACAGGUCUCUUGCACAAUCUGCGGUCAACGUCGCCUCAGCCAGCGGAGGACUUACCGGAAUUAUGAUUGGCGGGGCUCUAGUUCGAUUCAAUCCGGAAGGCUUUCGAAUUUACUUCUAUAUUACAGCGGCUCUAUAUGGUGCGACUGCCGCUAUAGUCCUCUGGCUAUAUAACCCUCCACCUCGCCAACUGCAAAUCGAACUUCGACAAACUCAAAAGCUUGCCCAGCUAGAUUGGUAUGGCUAUCUACUAUUCGUGCCAGGGCUGAUUCUGUUUUCUUACGCACUCACUUCGUCCAGUGGUGUAUACCCUUGGAGUAGUUCGAAGAUCAUCGGACCUCUCGUCGUGGGUGUUCUGCUUCUCGUGAUGUUUAUCGUCUAUGAGUGGAAGUUGUUGGCUUCUGGCAUGCUACACCAUGGGCUCUUUUCAAAGGGGCGAAAUUUUCCUAUCUGUGUAGCCCUGAUCUUCACUGAGGGUUUGGCAUUCUUCGCUGCCAAUACAUUCUACGCUUAUGAAAACGCGGUACUCUACGAUCAGGAUUUCUUUCAUGCUGGAUUGAGAUUCACGGUAGUCUUCUGGUCGGCAAACGUGGCCACCAUAUUGACAGGGUUGUACGUCUCACGGACCAAGCAACUUCGGUUGCCAUUGAUAGUUGCGACGUCAUUCAUCACACUCUUCUUUGCUACCAUGGCGUCCCUGACACCAUCAACACCACAGUCCCCUAUAGGAUUUGCAGUCUUUUUAGGCCUCGGGCUUGGAUCAGCGCUGAACACUGUUGUCGUUACUGCACAGCUCUCCACUCCCCCAGAUCUCAUCGCCCUUGCCAGUGGAUUGAUGAUAGCAAUGCGAAGCACUGGAGGCACGGUGGGUCUCUCGAUUUUUCAGGCCCUCUUGAGCAACGCGCUUAGCAAGCAACUUCCAGAGAAGGUGCUCGGUCAGGUUAUUCCUCUAGGGUUCGAUACAGGAUACACUGGGGUCCUCUUGGAUGGUCUCGGGGCCCAGAACGGGACAUUACUAGAGUCAAUUCCUGGGAUCACGCCUCAGAUCAUUACAGCUGCCGUGGUGGGUGUCAAAGAAGCGUACUCUAUUAGUUUUCGCCGUGUUUGGAUAGCUGCUGCCGCGUUCGCGGCCGUGGCCACACUACUCAGUUGUUUCAUUGUCGAUAAUAAGCAGGAGUUUACCAUGCAUAUAGAUGCACCUGUCGAGUCUGAGGCCGAGUUGUCCCGGAGGUGA